UCUACAUCCAGUAAAUAGAGUGAUCAUCAGGCAUUACAUACAGACGUACACUGACUAAUUUCUUCCAUGGCCUUAUCUACGAUCUCUUUUUCAUCUUCUUCUUCAGUCACCUCUCCAUGGCUCUACGAUGUGUUCUUGAGCUUUAGAGGAGAAGAUACCCGUGAUACUUUUACUGCCCAUCUAUACCAUGCUUUGAUUCAAAAGGGAAUCCAUACCUUCAUAGAUGAUGAUGAAGUUAAAAGGGGUGAUGAGAUUUCAACUAAACUCCUCCCAGCCAUAGAAGAUUCAAGGAUUUCCAUCAUUGUACUCUCAAAAAAUUAUGCAUCAUCAACAUGGUGUUUGGAUGAGUUAGUGAAGAUUCUUGAGUGUAAAAAAUCAAAGCAACAAAUAGUUUUACCUGUGUUUUACCAUGUAGAUCCAUCAGAUAUUCGACAUCAAAGAGGAACUUUUGGAGAAGCAUUGGCUAAACAUGCAGAGAAAUUGAAUGGAGACAUGAAGUUGCAGAUGUGGAAGGCAGCCCUACGAGAAGUUGCGAAUUUGUCCGGAGACCAUCUUAUCAGAAAUGGGAACGAAUCUAAAUUCAUUGAUGGAAUCAUUCAAGAGGUCUCAAGAAUAGUAAAUCAUUCAUAUUUACAUGUUGCAAAGUAUCCAGUUGGAUUAGACUCCCAGGUACGGGAUAUCAUGAAUUUGCAUGUAAGCGUUGGGACAAAUGACAUUCGAAUGGUAGGGAUCUUAGGAGUUGGGGGAAUUGGUAAGACAACUCUAGCCAAAUCAAUUUACAACUCAAUUGCUUUUGAAUUUGAAGCUAGUUGUUUUCUUGAAAAUGUUUGUGACACUGCGAAUCAAGUGCAUGGUUUGGUCCAACUGCAAGGGACCCUUCUAUAUAAGGUCUUUGGAGAUUGUAAAAGUUUGAUGGUUGAUAGUAUUGCUACGGGAAUCACUACGAUAAAGCACAGGUUUCGUUCUAAAAGAGUUCUUCUAAUUCUUGAUGGUGUAGAUCACUUGAACCAAUUAGAAACCUUAACAGGAGGUCAUGAUUGGUUUGGUAAAGGAAGUAGAAUCAUAAUCACAACAAGAGAUCAACACCUGUUGACUACUCAUGGAGUUGAUUCAACAUACAAGAUGACGGGAUUGAAUCACGACGAUGCUUUUGAACUAUUUUGUUGGCAUGCUUUCAAAAGAAAUAAACCGGAUGACGGCUAUGGAGAAUUUAUAGAACAGAUUAUAGAUUAUGCUGGGAGCCUUCCACUAGUUUUAACGGUGCUUGGUUCGGAUAUAUAUGGCAGAAGAGAAAAAAGUGAGUGGGAAAGUGCAUUGGAUCAGUACAGGAAAAUCCCUCACCAAGAUAUUCAAAAAAUACUUCGAACAAGUUAUGAUAGAUUAAGUGAAAAUGAAAAGAAUGUUUUUCUUGACAUUGCUUUUUUUUUCAAUGGAAAAUGGCUUGUUGAUGUCAUUAAGAUACUAGAUAGUUUUGGUUUUUGCCCAAACUUUUCGAUCCCAAGACUUAAGGAGAAGUGUCUUAUUUCGGAGUCCAAAGGAAGUUUGCAAAUGCAUGACUUGUUACGAGAUAUGGGUAGAGAAGUUGUUCGAAAAGAAUCGCGAAAUCCAGGAGAACGUAGCAGAUUAUUCUUUCAUAAAGAUGUUCGCAAAGUACUGGAGGAAGAUGAAGGAACAGAUAGUGUUGAAGUAAUUGGUGCAGAUUUUCCUGAUGGUGCUGAUAUCAUCCGCUUGAGUCCCAAGGCCUUCAAGAAUAUGAAAAGACUCAGAUUAUUUAGAUGCCACAAUACACACUUUUCUGCCGAACCCAAUUGUCUACCUAAUUCAAUACAUGUGCUUGAUUGGCCUAAUUGUCCUUUACAAUCUAUGCCAUCUAAAUUUCGUGGGGACAAACUCUCUAUUCUACGCAUGCCCGGUAGUCGCAUCCAGGAGAUACACUUGGAAUAUUUUAAGAAUCUCACGGUUAUGAAUUUCUGUGAUUGUGAAUUCAUAACGAAACUCUCGGAUAUUUCAAGUUGCCCAAAUUUGAAGGAAAUAUAUCUUGGUGGUUGUAAAAAUCUAGUUGAAGUUCAUGAUUCUGUUGGAUUAAUCCUUGAUAAGCUUGUUGAGUUGAGACUUGGUGGAUGUUUCAAUCUAAAGAGCUUUCCAAGGAGACUCCAAUUGAGAUCUCUGAGACUCCUUGAUCUUAGGAAGUGCUCAAGCCUUCAAAACUUUCCUGAAAUCGAAUGUGAAAUGAAACAUUUACGCAUAGUCGAGUUUUCGGGCACCGCAAUAGAAGAAUUGCCUUCAUCCAUUAGGUACCUUACUGGGCUUGUAUAUUUAUACCUACGUGGCUGCGUAAACUUUAAGCGUCUACCAAGUAGCAUUCAUCAGUUGAGAUCUCUACAGUGGAUUUAUCUCAGGGAUUGUCCAAAUAUUAUAAGUUUUGGGAUGGAGGAGGAGAAGGUGCAUAAUGGACAACCCACGCCUUAUGUAGUGUCUACAAGCUGGGACAAUGAAACAUCAGAAUUAUUCCCGUUGCCGCCUCCAACAAAUUCAACCACUUCUAAUUUUCAUUUAUUUCUUACAAACUCUGGCCUAUCAAAAUCGAAUUUCUUUGGGCCAUUUCAUUUCUUUCUCAAUCUGCACCAUUUAGUUCUAUCAGGCAGUGAUAUAGUAAGCAUUCCUUCAAGCAUCAAAACAUAUGUUAGAUUGCGGAAUCUUACAUUGAAUGAUUGCAAGCAACUUCAAGAAAUUAAAGAGUUUCCACCGAAUCUAUCAGUAUUACGUGUUAGUGGAUGCAUAUCACUGGAAAGUUUACCAGAAAUAUCAAAAGAAUUCAAUUUCCCACGGCUAGAAUGGAUUAACUUGUCCAGAUGCUAUAAAGUGAAUAUGGGAAAUUGGAUGUCAAAUCCUGCAUGGAAUCGAGCUGAGAUGAGAUUUCCGGGAAAGAAGAUUCCAGAUUGGUUCAGCCAUUGCAAGGAGAUCACUUCAAAUAGUCAUCGGUGUGAAUUUGAUAUUAAAGUGGCCCCACCGUAUAACUUGGAUGACAUCAUAGGAAUUGCUUUUUGUGCUGUUAUUGAACCCGUUGCAACUUUUAUUUUGGCCGUUUCAAUCAUGGGAGGAGUUACCUACACCAGUCGUUAUUAUGAUGCACAUGCAGCAUUUGAUGAAAUUGAUUCAGAUCAUGUAUGGUUAAGGUACUUAACUACAGAACAUAUUACGCGCCUACGAGCUGUGAGUGUAGAUCGGGCAGAUGAUCUGGGGAUUAUAUUUGAAAGCACUCAAAAUUUAGUAGAUAAUCUGAGGAUUAUAUUUGAAAGAAAUGAUCCAAAUUUAAUGAUCUUCAAACAUUGCGGAGUUCAUCUGUUAUACAAACAGCAUGAACAGAAUGCCAAGGAUCAUGCAGGUCAUGUGCCCCAUCAUGAAAAUAUUGAUGUCCAUUUGAAUGCACCCAUUGAAUAUAUUGGAAAUUUAGCAAAUCCAAUGGGUGGAAGUCAGCUUUCUAAGAGGCGUCGUGUUGAUUAUGAUGACUACAAAGAUGAUCACAACAUUGAAUCCAACUCGUACGAACAACAAAGGAAGCCUACUUCAGGCUUGGAAAUCAAAAUUUUUCUGAAAGACAAAAUGCCUUGGUCCUAGAAAUCUAAUCUUGACCCAUAAUGAUGGCAGAAAGAUGAGUUGUUUUCCAUCUAGACGACGGACGGACGAAGGGGAACGCAAGCGAUGGUGAUGGCGUCGUGAUGAAGAGAAGUGGGGAGGAAUUCUGGGAGGGGGGGCUAGCUGGCAGGGUUUUCUUAACGUUGACAUCGAUUGUGGUUGACUUCAAAUUUGUUUCAAGUGUAUGGAGGAGCAGUUAUGUAAAGUAGUUAUUUUUAUUUUGUAUUUAACUUAAGCUUCAUAAGAAUGAAAAUAUGAUUAUUUAG